AUGGCACUCCAAUGGGUGAAGCCGUGGAUCGCUCUCUUCUUCGGACUAUCUGCUGCACAUUCUGAGACUGCAGGAGUGAGUCCCACUCAUAACGGGCAGGUCUGCAGCACAUGGGGUAACUACCACUACAAAACCUACGAUGGAGACUUCUUCCAGCUGCCCUACACCUGUAACUACGUGCUGUCGUCGUUGUGUAAGAGCAGCAGCGGCUACGAGGCCUUUAACAUUAAGUUGCAGCGCGGGGAGGUAGAUGGGCUGCCUACCAUCACCAAGGUUUCUUUGAAGCUGGAUGGAACCUUCGUGGAGCUGGCCAACGGUAACGUCAGCGUCAACGGAUUACAGGUCACCAUACCGUUUGGUCAGUUUAACGUCUUCAUUGAGAGGACCGUUUCCUAUGUGAAGAUCACAGCCAAGCUGGGGUUAGUCGUCAUGUGGAAUGAAGAUGACUCCUUCUGGUUGGAGCUGGACUCAAAGUUCCAGAAUCAGACAUGUGGGCUGUGUGGAGACUUCAACGGAGUCCAGAACGAGUUCAUUAGGAAUGGUGAUUAUCUGAAGACAAUCGACUAUGGAGAUAUUUGGAAGAUGAAUGGCCCAACAGAGAGCUGUACAGAAAUCCCUGCUCACACUGAGCAGUGUGAAGACCAGACCAAACUUUGUGAGCAGCUUCUCACCAGUCUUGCCUUCAGUAGCUGUAAGGACCUGAUUGCCACAGACUCCUUCAUCAAGGCCUGUGCAGAAGACAUGUGUCACUGUGGCAACAGCAGCAGCAGUGCCAGCUGCGCCUGCCCCACCAUGUCAGAGUACUCCCGCCAGUGUGCUCACGCAGGGGGGAAACCCCAAGAGUGGAAGACCGACCACUUCUGCUUGAAGACGUGUCCUCUAAGCAUGCAGUACCAGGAGUGUGGUAGUCCCUGCACUGAUACCUGCUCCAACCCAGAGAGGAAGCAGCAUUGUGAGGAACACUGCACCGACGGAUGCUUCUGCCCUGCUGGAACCGUGUUUGAUGACAUCACUCAGACUGGCUGUGUAGCUGUGAACCAAUGCUCUUGUCUCCACAACGGACAAUCUUACCAGCCUGGACAAUCAUUCUCAAGAACAUGCCAUAAAUGUACCUGUAUCCAAGGCCAGUGGAGUUGUAUGGACCUAGAUUGCCCAGCUACCUGCUCCAUAGUGGGAGGUUCCCACAUCACCACCUACGAUGGGAAAGCCUACACCUUCCAUGGAGACUGCUCAUAUGUCCUGUCCAAGCAAACCAACGAGACUGCUUUCACAGUCCUGGGUGACAUAGUGAAAUGUGGGAAGACGGACAUUGAGACCUGCCUAAGAUCUGUAACCCUGUUGUAAUUUGAUCACUUGCAGAUGAUCGUCAUCGAGGCCAGUGGAAGGGUCUUUGUCAAUAAGAUGUUUUCUCAGUUGCCGUUUUUCAUAGCGGAUGUAAGGAUCUUUCAGCCCUCUACGUUCUACAUCGUUGUGCAUACCUCUUCUGGGCUCCGUCUAGAGAUGCAGCUAACACCUAUAAUGCAGGUCUACAUCGUAGCUAGCAGUUCACACAAAGAAAAAACCCAGGGUCUUUGUGGAGACUUUAACAGCGUCCAAGCUGACGACUUCAGAACCAUCAAUGGACUGGUGGAAGGAACCGCUGUGACGUUCGCCAACACGUGGAAGACCAAAGCAAGCUGUCCUGAUGUGGCACAGAGCUUUGAGAUCCCAUGCAGCCUGAGUGUAGAGAACGAGAGAUAUGCCAAGCACUGGUGCUCGAUGCUGUCAGAUCGUGAAGGGAUAUUUUCCCAAUGCCACACUGAGGUCAACCCAAAUUACUACAAGGAUAUCUGCCUGUAUGACAGCUGUAACUGUGAGAGGAGUGAGGAGUGCAUGUGUGCUGCGGUCUCCUCCUACGUCCAUGCAUGUGCUGCUGCAGGCGUCCUGCUCAGUGGAUGGAGAAAAACCACCUGUGGGAAGUACUCCUCUAGCUGCCCUGAUACGAUGGUCUAUGACUACACCAUGACCAGCUGUGACCGCACCUGUCGUUCACUGAGCCAGACAGACUUUACCUGCCAGUCAGACCAUGUGUCUGUGGACGGCUGUGGCUGUGCCGAGGGAACCUACCUGAACGACCAGGGAGAGUGUGUCCCUGCCUCACGCUGCUCCUGCUACUAUGAAGGAAAAGUAGUACCCUCUGGAGAGGUCACCACGAUCUAUGGGGCUACUUGCUCAUGCAGACAAGGGAAACUAAGCUGUACUGGAGAACCACAACAUCUAUCCUGUAAAGAACCAAUGGGUUUCUUCAACUGUUCUAGUGCAGGACCCGGAGCCAAGGGCUCAGAGUGCCAGAAGAGCUGUCAAACACUUGACAGUCACUGUAUCAGUGCAGAGUGUGUGUCAGGCUGUGUAUGUCCUGAUGGUCUGCUGUCUGAUGGAAACGGAGGAUGCAUCAAGGAAGACCUAUGUCCCUGUUCUCACAAUGGAGUCUACUACCAACCUGGACAAGUGCUCAAAGUAGACUGCAAUACCUGCACUUGCAAAGGCAGAAAAUGGCAGUGUACCAAUAAGCAGUGUGAUGGGAUGUGUGCCAUAUAUGGAGAUGGGCAUUUCAUCACUUUUGACGAGGAAAGGUUUACUUUCAAUGGAGAUUGUGAAUACACUCUUACUCAGGACUACUGCAGCAACAAUCCAAACGGAACCUUCAGAGUGAUCUCAGAGAACAUUCCCUGUGGAACCACUGGCACCACCUGUUCCAAGACCAUCAAGCUCUUCUUGGGGAGCAACGAAAUCAUACUAGCAGAUGAAUCUGUAAAAGUGAUCAAACAAGAGAAAGGGGUUGACGUGCCAUACCAGGUCCACUCUAUCGGUAUCUAUGUUGUUGUUGAGGCUGAAAACGGCCUCAUCCUCAUGUGGGAUAAGAAGAAUAGCCUGUUCAUCAAACUCAGCUCUACCUUCCAGGGCCAAGUGUGUGGUCUGUGUGGAAACUACGACGGUAAUGGAAAGAACGACUUCACGUCCAGAAACCAGGAAGUGGCUGUUGAAGCUCUGGAGUUUGGGAACAGCUGGAAAGUGUCACCCAGUUGCCCCAACGCUGAUGUCAUAAAAAACCCAUGCACUUUAAGAUCCUACAGGCAGUCGUGGUCUCAGAAACGCUGCAGCAUCAUCACCAGUCACGUGUUCUCAGCCUGCCACUCACAGGUGGACCCCACGCCAUUCCAUGAUGCCUGUGUGAGGGACUCGUGUGCCUGUGACACCGGGGGAGACUGCGAGUGUUUCUGUACAGCUGUAGCAGCCUACGCCCAGGCCUGUAACGAGGCAGGGGCUUGUAUCAAGUGGAGAACACCAGAUAUCUGCCCUCUGUUCUGUGAUUUCUACAACCCUAUUGGUGAGUGUGAGUGGCAUUAUAAUCCGUGUGGAUACCCCUGUAUGAAGACCUGCCAGAAUCCCUCAGGAACAUGCUCCAGUCAGAUCCCUGCGCUGGAAGGUUGCUAUCCAAAAUGUCCUCCGGCCACGCCUUAUUUGGAAGAAAGUACCAUGAAGUGUGUCCGUAUCGUGGACUGUGGUUGCUACGAUGGAGAUGGAACUCAUUACAACGAGGGAGAGGUUAUACCUCCCAAGGAGAACUGUCAGAGAUGUCGUUGCUCAUCAACUGAGGCCAGUUGCAGCUAUGAUGUCCAAGCUUGCUAUUGUUUAUACGACGGCAGAACAUUCCCGUAUGGAGCGACCAUAUAUCACACAUCUGACGGUGAUGGGACCUGUAUUACUGUCAUCUGCAAAGAGAACGGAACCAUUGUCCGGAUUAUGAACCCCUGUCCCACCACCCCAACUCCAACAACUACACCAAGUGUGACAACAACACAGAUAUCCACCCAAGCACCGACCACUAUUCUACAGUCAGCACUGUCCCAGCUACAGUCAGCACUGUCCCGGCUACAGUCAGCACUGUCCCAGCUACAGUCAGCACUGUCCCGGCUACAGUCAGCACUGUCCCAGCUACAGUCAGCACUGUCCCAGCUACAGUCAGCACUGUCCCAGCUACAGUCAGCACUGUCCCAGCUACAGUCAGCACUGUCCCAGCUACAGUCAGCACUGUCCCGGCUACAGUCAGCACUGUCCCAGCUACAGGUCUUUAAGCAAUGCCAUGACGUUAUCCCACGACAACCCUUCUUCGAGGCCUGUCAGUUUGAUAUCUGCCACAUGCCAAAUAUCUCAAUCGGCUGCUCCAGCCUGGAAGCCUACGCCGUGAGGUGUGCAGCAGCUGGAGUCUGUAUCGACUGGAGGAAGUCAACUAAAGGACAAUGUGAACUGACAUGCCCUAAGACCAAAGUGUAUAAUGCAUGUGGCUCUACUGUCCAGCCAACAUGCAAUUCAAGAUACAAUGAAAAAUAUGUGCAGUCAUGUCAGGGAGCACAAAGGAGCCUUGCCGUUGUAUGUGACUCAUUCAUGGAGGGCUGUUUCUGCCCUGAGGGUACCAUCUUGUUCAACACAUUCUCUGACACCUGUGUUCGUGACUGUGGAUGCACAGGACCUGAUGGAAAACCCAAACAGUUUGGUGAGACUUGGUACAGUAACUGCCAGAAGUGCACGUGUAAUGCUGACACACUGAGUGUCCAGUGUGAACCAGUGAAAUGUCCGCCCCAAGAAAUUGUUACCUGUAAGAAGUACGGUGAGGUGUUGGUCAACGAGACGGUGGACUGCUGUCAGAUAAAUACAUGUGUGCCCAAACCUGUUUGUGUCCACAAUAAUACCGAAUACACGCUUGGUGAAAAUGUUCCCAAAGGCACCUGUGAGGAGUGCAAGUGUGGCCCUAAUAAGGAUCCAGUCUCCAAGCUGUAUGUUGUUGAGUGUGCCCAAAUCAACUGUGUCACCACCUGCCCAACGGGUUAUGAGUAUGAAGUUGGACCUGAGAAAUGUUGUGGAACGUGUGUCCAGAAGGAAUGUGUUGUAGUUCUCCCAGAUGCCACAUCUCACAUCAUUCAGCUUGGGAAGCUUUGGUCGCCCCCUAGUGACCGCUGUGUGAAGUAUGAAUGCACAAAGACAAACAACCAGUUCAUCGUUGUGGAAUCCAAAUUGAAAUGCCCAGUGUUCCGUCCAGAGGACUGCGUCCCUGGAACUGAGAAAACUGAUGCAAAUGGAUGUUGCACAACCUGUGCUUUACGAGGUCACUGUGAUGUGAAGAACACCACCACCUACCUAGAGGUGAAUAACUGCAAGUCUACUGUGCCGGUGGAAAUCUCAGCCUGUGGGGGAUCCUGUGGAACAUCUUCUAUGUACUCUGCAGAGAAAAACACCUUGAUGCACUCCUGCUCCUGCUGUCAGGAGAUGUCUACCAGUGAGAGGAAGGUGGAGAUGGUCUGCCAUGACGGGAAGAAGAUCAUGCAGUCCUACAUUUACAUUGAUAAGUGCGGCUGCCAUGACUCUGAGUGUGACAAGAAGAGCCACUUAGAUUAGGCCUUGAAGAAUUAAGUCUUUUGAAAUGUUCUUAUCUACAUUAACUGCAUGGAAUAUUAAAUAGUUUUAUCUAAAGGGAACCAAUAGGGUCUGUCUCAUUAUCAUAAUGUCUACUUUGAUGAACUGUAUGUCCUUUCUGUCUACACGAUCAUAGACAUUAUGCAAACGUAUUAAACUGAUGAAGAAGCAUGAA